AUGCCGUUCAAGAUGAUGUUUCUUCCAGGUGUGAUUCUGCUUAGCAUCAGUGCCGCAGUUUCUUUCAAAGUCCCUCCUGGUGACUCAGUUGGGCAAGAGAAGAUGGUUCUUGACUCUGAGCAUUCUGAGAAACCAGAGGGCUUCAACUUGGCCGACAUCAUCCAAGGAAACAACAAGAUGCCUGGCAUGGGUGCAUGGAGUAGCAUCUUUCAAAGGCUCGCGUCAAAGAAGCCCAUUGAGAGAGAGACCUUGCAGAACAUGCUUCAAUCUGUUGGUGGCGAUCUUGCAGAAGCCUAUGUGGACCCUGGGCUUUAUCAGGACUUCGAGAACCACACAAUUCAGAAGCAAAUUCAGAACAUCACGGCAGAUAAGGAACUACAAAGAUUGUGCAAGAGAAUCCCAUGGUACAAUGGCGGCAGUGAAUCCGCAGCUUGCAGAGCUGACCAAAAGACCAGAAGCUUUGCAGAGGAUCUCCAGAGGUUCUCCAAAGCCCAGUCUGCCCAGAGGAUCUCCAGAGGUUCUCCAGAAGGUGCAGCAUGGUCGCAGGAUGAAAGCACUCUGCAAAGCAUCCUGGAGAUGCCGAAGCUACCUGCAGAGUCAGCUUUGGUCAGCUUUGGUCAGCUUUUCGAUUCGAAAAACCGUGACCUCUUCAACUUUCAGCUCGGUGGUGGCAUCUCUGGUUCCUGUUGCUGGUGGUUUGGCUCUGGAACCCAGCUGGAACCCACCAAGACCAGCUGGCAACGCGUCGUGACGACCCCUUUUCAAGGAACGACUGAGGGACGACUGAGGGUCUUCUGGCUUUGCUCCGGCUGUGAGGUGCUGGUUUCUUCAACUGAACUCUCCUUCAACAUCGCCAAACCAGCUCAGAUUCGAAAGGCAUGUUGA